AUGCGCGUCAAAGAUAUAUCGAGUGACUUGGACAAGUCUCCGAGAAAAUGGGCGAAGACGCAUCUCACUUGGAACUUUCACCUGAAAGGUUUUCACACGUUCGUAGAUCCUCGACAUCGAGGUAGCCGAAUAUGUCCGUCGUUGCUGGACGGACCAGGAAACGUGCUAGCUCAUGCUUUUUUACCAUCAUCCGAAGUGUCGAAGGUGCACGUGGAUAACGCGGAGAAGUGGCACAUCGAGCUGACCGCUAAUCCUGACGAUAUGAUUCAUCUGCUGCAUACGUUAACGCACGAGAUCGGUCACGCGUUAGGAUACUUCACAGUCCUCUGA